AUGUGCGUGUGUCUGAGAGUCGUCUCAGGAACAUUUGACUACGUGUACGAGGAGCAAGGCUUCAUGGAUCCAGAGGAUGUUCUCAGUGUGAGCGUUCCUCUGGAGGGACCACAGCGCCCUCUACUGGGAGGAUCACUGGUGCUGCCGUGUUACUUUGAGGCGUGGGAGGUCCCGUUCGAGGAGAUAUCGGACCUGCAGUGGGUGGGCAGCGGGGCUCAGGGCGCCGUCUUCCUGGGCAAACUGCACGGACAGGAAGUGGCUGUCAAGAAAGUGAGAAACAUCAAGGAGACUGACAUCAAGCACCUGCGCAAGCUCAAACACCCCAACAUCAUCACCUUCAGAGGUAUUUGUACCCAGGCUCCAUGUUACUGCAUCCUCAUGGAGUACUGUGCUCAGGGGCAGCUGUACGAGGUGCUGAGAGCGGGCAGGAAGAUCACUCCCUCCCUUCUCAUGGACUGGGCCAUGGGUGUCGCUGGGGGCAUGAACUAUCUUCACCUCCACAAGAUCAUCCACAGAGACCUCAAGUCGCCAAACAUACUGAUCACCUACGACGACUCAGUGAAGAUCUCUGAUUUCGGCACGUCCAAAGAGCUCAGCGACAAGAGCACCAAGAUGUCCUUCGCUGGGACGGUGGCCUGGAUGGCUCCUGAGGUCAUCCGUAACGAGCCAGUCUCGGAGAAGGUGGAUAUUUGGUCGUUCGGUGUGGUGCUCUGGGAGAUGCUGACAGGAGAGGUGCCCUACAAGGAUGUGGACUCAUCUGCCAUCAUCUGGGGGGUGGGCAACAACAGUCUGCAGCUGCCUGUGCCUGAUAGCUGUCCAGACAGCUUCAAGCUGCUCCUGCGGCAAUGCUGGAACUGCAAGACAAGAAACAGGCCGUCUUUCCGACAGAUUCUCCUGCACCUGGACAUCGCCUCAGCAGAUAUUUUAUCUACUCCACAGGAAACGUACUUUCAGUCUCAGGUGGCGUGGAGAGACGAGGUGAGGCUCCACUUUGAGAAGAUCAAAUCUGAGGGGACGUGUCUCCACCGGCUGGAUGAGGAGCUGAUCAAACGACGCAGAGAAGAACUGAGACAUGCACUGGACAUCCGGGAGCACUAUGAGAGGAAGCUGGAGAGAGCCAACAAUCUCUACAUGGAGCUUAAUGCCAUCAUGCUGCAGCUGGAAAUCAAAGAGAAAGAACUGCUCAAGAGGGAGCAUUCACUGGAUAAGAAGUACCCCGGCUGCUUCAAGCACCACAGCUCCAGACAGUCAGCCUCCUCCAACUCCAUGGAGAAACUGAUGAAGAGGCGCAACGUACCUCAGAAGCUGCCGUCGCACAGCAAGAGGCCUGACUUACUUAAGUCAGAAGUCAUUCUCCCAAAACUGGACUCAUCCAUGACCCAGGUCACGAUACCCAACAAAGGUUCUACCUCCCCUGGCCGCUCACGCAGAGGAAAGCCCCGCUACAGGAAGGCUGGAAAAGGCAGCAGUGGGGAUUUGGCUCAGCUGAAAGCCACCCUCUCCUCGUCUUUAGCAAUGGUCAACGCCACGUCAUCCGUUCCCAGCAGCAAGCACCAUCUAGACCCCAGUGCGGCCCUCAGGGGCCUGCAGCAUGACCUGCUGCUCAAGAAGAUGUCCUCCUCCAGCCCUGACCUCAUCUCAACCACCCUGGAGGCUGAGGGCCGGAGGAAGGGGCAGGUGAGGCCCGGGCUGGACAGAGCGGGCAGCCAGAGCGCCUCAGCCGGUCUGGGGGAGAGCGGAAGGACUGAGGGGGCAGAGGAGGGGCCGGAUGUAGGUGUGGGGGCCGACGACCUCGCGGAAACACCUCCGCGCAGUGACACGCCCAGCGAAGAUGCGGCUUCUAUUCCGUUCUCCAGCAGCCCCGACUCGCCAUGCGGCCGGGGAGCAGCCGCAGGGAGGACGUCUGUACUCGGGAGCCCCCGCGUUCCCCACGACAGCGAAGAGAAGGAGGAUGGAACAGUGAUCACGCGCUCGCCCAGGAGUCAACGUCUCACACCUGCAGCGCUGCUCUACAGGGCAGCAGUGACACGCAGUCAGAGACGUGGCGUGUCCUCAGAGGAAGAAGAAGGAGAAGUGGACAGUGAAGUGGAGCUGCCAAGAAGACGGCGUCCCGUGAGCAUGACCAAAUGCCAGUCCCUGUCGACGUUUAGCUCUGAGAACUUGUCGGUGUCGGACGGCGAGGAGGGAAACACCAGUGACCACUCCCACAGCGGUACACCGGACGUAGUCAGCACCAACACCGACGAGCGUCUGGACGACAAGAGCGAUGACCUACUGUCUCAGGGCUCAGAGAUUCCCGCCGACCCCUCUGACCCGACCCAGCUGGGCUCCGACGGGCUGUCUGAGAAGGAAGCCAUUCUACGACAAGUCAAGACCCAGCUCGCCUCAAACGACCAUAAUUAUGAGGGUCUGUACGACGACUCCGACUGCGAUAGUGCAGAGCUGGACCACUCAGGCAGCGCCGAGCCCAGCCAACCUCCAGCCAACUGGUGAAAAAGGACCCAACACCUCAGCCCGCUCAUCAGACUCUGGCAGGUCUGACCUCUGAAGGCCUCGUUCACCCUCACUAAGAGAACGUUUGUGUCGUGAUCAGGGACACCGCAGAGAGUCGGGAAGUGAGGAUUCGUCCACGAGCUGCAACACAGAACAAAUCCACUGGAAAAUGUUUAGCGAAAUCAAACCCCCUGUGACACUGGAAACCGAAACAUGCACGUUCUGUUUGAGAUAAACGCACCACAGGGACGUGAGAGUGAAUCGGGGCAGUAGUGGAGCUGACGGAGCAGCUGCCUCCCCUGUUCUGACACCUCAGCGACGGAGGCCUCAGUCAAAAGAGGUCGUAUACAUCAACCACAACCACCCAUGUCUCUUCUCAUCUUCCAUGUUCAUUUGUAUUUCUGUCUCCGUUAUGAAAACAUGUGUCAUAUCACAACACGUUAAUGAAAUCCUACCAGGGCUUCUGUUAUAUUCUCACGUUACUUGACGACAACUGAUGUUGCAACUUGCACUUAAUUUAUGAAAUGUUCCGAUGUCCAUGUGAUCAUUGUGUCACGUCCUCUCAUAACGUUAUGCACUGACUAAUUUAUUCUUCAUUUACAGUGAAUCCAUUUACUUUUUGUUUUUUGAAAGGAGAAGUUUACAUUUUCCAUGUGUUGUUUACAUUUUUUAUUUUUUUAUUUUAUAUUUGGAACUCGGAUUACGUUGUCAUUUUCUACUCUUGCGGUUUAAUAUGGAUGUAAAUAUGUGACUCUGUACAAUGAACAAAUUUUUAAAACGUGAGAUUGUAUAAUUUAAAGGUGCUGAUGUUUCUAAUUAGGUGGAGCUAUACUCUAUUGGAACCUCAAGAAGCUUAUGGUAGUAGAAUGUACUGUAGCUGCUGUUCAUGUCCGAGCAUCGAAUCACAAGAGAAAAGAGGAGGAUCGUGCGAACAAGGGAGAAAAAAAAGCAAUAUGUCUGCUCUGGCACAGUAUGUCCGUACCACAUGUGGGUUCAUUCAGGGCAGACAGGCUUUUUUAUACUAGUAUUGCAGUGUUUUAUUGUAUUAAAAUACAAGUCUGGUUUGGAAAAAUGUGUGUACGUAUCAUCGAAAAAAGGCACGCUAGUGAAAAGAGGUGGACAAGCUCAUUGGAUAUUUAUGAUUCAGUCACUGUUGGUGAUGAAAAUGAAAAAUUAGACCCAUCCACAACUUGAGUCAUAGCAGGUAUUUAAAGACAAGUGUAAAUGAGUGAAGGCAUUUGGAUGACGGGGAUACAAAAACACCAAAAUAAACCUCAGAAUGACUGAAAACACAUUAUUACACUCGUUCGUUCAGUGGGUUCAGAUAAAGGAGUAGGUGUCAUGUGUGGAAAUGUAAUAAUGUGGCGAAUUUUUGCAAAAACCAUCUUGAUUCUACACUGUGGGUUUUAACGUUUUAUUCAAUACAUCAGAGAGAAUUGGUCUCAGGCUUCCGUAAUGUCAGGGAGUACAUUUUCCUGAUUUCUGUACUCUCAUAAAAUCAUUGUACACCUAAAAAUGACCUGUGACACCACUGUUUAUCCCUUUAUUUCUUGCCUACCUCUAACAUAGAAGAUUACCACACAAGCCCACAGUGUGGUUCAUCCGUUUAGAGAAAGACCAGUCCCACUUCAUAGUUACUAGUAUCAUAAAACUGUGGUUCUGAUGUGCUUGUGUCCCCUGACAGGCCUUCUUAAUGUGCAUUUGAUUCAAUCUGACUGUACAACAGCACAUGACAUCCUGUUCCAUUAAUCUAUAACUGAUCAGGUCAAAAUCAAUAAGCUAGAAAUGGCAGCUUCUGUUUAUUUUCCUGGUGUUUUUAAACUAAAUGAUCCCCAAUGUUCGAAGCUGGGGAAAAAAAUACUUGUGCAGGAGAAUGUUGCCAAAAAGCAAACUUACUGCCCUCUAGUGUCUCGUUUCCCCACGAUGCUGAUUGAAACAACCUGGUAUGAACUGAAAUGUUUGCUUUUUAUACUGCAUUAUUGUAACUGUACAAUAAAUAUAUUUAA